AUGUUUCAAAGCAGGGCAGUUUGUUCCAGGAAAACAUUUGACGUAUUCGCUGUCCGCUUUCUCAUUCCCACCGAAGCGAUAGGAGGGAGGUGUAUUCCCUGCCGCAAAUUCAGCGGCAGGAAGACUCUGGUGUAUGAGCACAUUGAUGAUGAGGACUUCCUAACAAGGAGAGGAGACUCCAUCAAUUCGAUUGUCAACCACAGAUACGUCAAUGAGAAGAUGCGCCAGAUUAAUUCGCUGUUGAAGGGCUGCCAUGUUAGCUGCGGCAUGCAACAUGGGUUUUGCAAGCAGGGAAGAGAGAACAAACACGGAAGUGAAACCAGCCAGGGAGGUGACACCCACCAGGGAAGUGACAAUGAACACAUUGAUCAAGUCAUUAAAAUUCUGUACACACUAUGUGUGAAGGGCAAUAUUGAUACCUCUGACGAUCGCGUUAGCUACUCUGUGAACUUCGUCCUGCGCUAUGUGAAUGCAUACUUGGAGGAUGCCCCCAUGAUCGGAGGACAGAAAGAAGGAAGGGGGGGGGAAAAAAAAUUCGUCAGCAUAAACAGCUAUAUGCUCCUUUUAGAUAUCUUAAAAACUCUCCAUAUGAAGGAGGAAUAUAGCAACCUACUCAGACACGUUAGCGAGAACAUACACUUCUUCUCUGUAGACGUCGUUAAGAGAAUUGCCCUUAACUACGACUUCAGUGAACGGUACCAUCCGGGCGGGGGUGACCAUCUGAGGAGAAAUGUCUUUUCCUUCUUUAAGGAGGUCAUACGUUACAUGUAUGGGCUGAUUCAGUCUGACAGCGAGCUGUACUACAGAGAGAUAAACAACAUGAACACGUGCAUUAACAUAUGCACACACUUCUUCUUCGGGAAGAAGUACUUCCCACGGAAAAAAACUUACCAUUAUGACGUAGACGAGGAGGUCGUCUAUCUGUACAGCAUGAAUUAUAUUUACAUAAAGCAUAUAGCCACGCUUGCCGAUAUGGUACGCAUCAGGGGAAGGUCAAAGAAAGAGGACUCUUCGCCAAGGAACUCGCCUAAUGAUAGGUUGUUUCCCCCUUCCUCCCUGGCAGAUCUCUCUGCAGCGAAAUACGAAUGGGGAGGAGGCACGUCGGGUGAGUAUGGCAGUCACAUUGGCAAAACACCUGACAAGCUCCGAACUGAUACUCAGGAUAUGCUAGACAGUUGUGCGGACAAGGACACCCGGGAUAAUUCCCUCGCCCCACGCAUCGGACGAAACCACACACACAUCACGGAGGACUUCCAUUUUAACUUCCACGCAGUUGACACAAUUUACGUACUGUACAACUUCUACACACACUUCCUUUUGAAAAAAAAAAAACAGUCAAGGAAGGAACAUGUAUUCCUCUUCUUCCCCGAGGUACGAGAUAACAUUACGGACAUUCUGCUCAGCUUCAUUCGGACACUCAGAAGAGACAUCAUCGAAAAUAAAGGCGUGACGAAUAAGAAAGUGAUCGCUUCCCUGGAGAGAGUGCUAAUCCUGGGGAUAGCCUUCGAUGUCCCCUUUGCUUUGAGGCCCUUCUUACUUUAUCACUGCAACGUUUUUCUGUUAAACAAGUUCGACUUAUCUUUGCUGGACAACGUAAAAUUGUUAGCUCUUCUAAGGCAGCUCCAACGGGGAAGCGCAGCGGGGGAGGAAGCGCAAAUGACCGAAGCGCCGCUUCAACGAGGCGACAACUCCUUUGACCAGCUAGCCAAAAUGGACAACCCCAUUGUGCAGGUGGAAAAAAAAGAAAAAAAAAAAAAAAAAACUCCUCCAGACCAGCUGCACACAGAGCGAGACGAGACCAAUACAGGGCAUUCCGCUGGACGCCAGACGAGCAGCCACCUCUUCCUGGAAAACUUGAUAAAGUUAAUUUUUGACAACUUAAAAAAAUGCCUACAUAACGCAAAGGGGAACGACCUGUGCAUGCUGAUACCCGCAGUGUACGCAUACCACAAGUACAUGGAUGAGGAAUUAAAAAAUAUAUUAACCGUUCAGGUGAUUUGCAACAAGGAAAGUAUGAACGCAGCGAACGUGGUGAACAUUUUACGAGUGUUUUGCAAAAUGGGAUAUAAGAAUGAACUUAUUGACAAGUUUGUCUACAACAACAUGAAGUUUGUCACUCAUGGGGGGGAUAAGAAGUGGACGGAUGACCAGUGGAAGGAUAAGGAGUGGGCAGAUAACUCCCCUGCCGCAGAACGGGACGACACACAAAAUGUGUGCUUUUCCUGUCCCAAGUUAUUUCUCCUCUUCUUCUAUUACAAAGGUAAAAAUGGUUUAUUCACAUACAAGGAUAUUUACUACGUGGAGAAUUACAUUCAGAGUUGCUUCCUCGAGAUGAGCAUUAAGGAUUUUAUUUUCCUUCUGUUGAUUUAUUCCAAAAAUGGAGUAUUCUUUCUACCCCCAUUGUUGCUUAAAAUUUGUGCCAUUUUUAACAACGGGAAGAAGUACAUACCUGGGGAUGACCUCCUCUUCGGGUUGUUUCUGCUCGCGAAAAAUUAUCACUCCCUCGCGAGUUCUUCCGAUGAGAGGGGUGGUGCGCAGGAUGGCUUCGUCCCUCAGCAACCCCUCAGUGCCAAGGACAAAAUUAACCUGUUCAGGAAGAGUCAGUACAGUCAACUACAUAUAGACAAUUUUGUCAACACGAUCAACGAGGUGUUACUGUACCUGUACGAUGAUAAGCUGAUUAACUGCAAGGCGGACGAGGUGAGGCAAUUGCAGGGGGGGGAAACAGACAGUGAUGAUUCCCGCGCUGGAGGGAAUGAGACAGAUCGGCUGAUAAAUAACAUGGCCCUGCAGAGCGAUCAUUCCUUUCUUCACACUCCAAGUGAAACGAAAAAUAAUUGGAAAAGCAUCUUUAGCAAUGUAAAGUAUAACAUGAGAAUGAUGAAAAUUUUUUACCUCUUAUAUUACCCUCUCUUAAAUGGACAAAAAAAAAAAAAAAAAUUCUGA